GUGUCAGUAAUGUCAAAAACUGUAAACAAAAACAUAAGUACACUAAUCAAAGCACAUUUGGAAUUUUCUAAUUUUAGUAAACUACUACUAAAUAUCUUCGAGUAUUAAAAUAUAAUUUGAAAAAUGAGUGCCCGCAACCGUGGCAAAGGAAAACGUGGAGGAGGAGGGCAUGGUCAAUUUCGCAACGUGAAAUCUAAUCGCAACUGCGAGCGUCAAUUUGCACAGCGUGAAUGCGAUCUGGCUAGUGAUGAUAGUGAUAGUAGUUCCUCAUCCUCGGACGCUGGUAUAGAUGGUAUAGGACAUCCACCGGAUUUUCCUAUUGCUAUGUGGGAUUUGAAUCAUUGUGAUCCAAAGAAAUGUUCUGGCCGAAAACUAGCACGCCUGGGUCUAAUUGAAAAUUUGCGUUUGGGUCAAAAGUUUCCAGGUCUCGUACUUACACCGGUUGGUGUAAAUUGUGUCAGUCCGCUUGAUAAAGAUAUAGUUGGUGCAGCAGGUGUAGCAGUGGUGGAUUGUUCAUGGGCUAAACUUGAAGAGACACCCUUCAAUCGCAUGCGUAGCCCUCAUCCACGCUUGCUACCAUAUCUUGUGGCAGCUAACCCAAUUAACUACGGAAAACCCUGCAAAUUAAGUUGCGUGGAAGCAAUUGCAGCUACGCUUUACAUUUGUGGCUACGUGGAGGAGGCGCAAUGGUAUAUGGGCAAGUUUUCAUGGGGUCAUUCUUUCAUAGAGCUUAAUGAAACACUGCUAAACAGCUAUGCUGAAUGUAAAUCUAGUGAAGAGAUUGUGCGGGUGCAAAAUGAAUAUCUAGAGAGGGAGCAAGCUGCACAUAAUAAACCAAAAGAUUUUAGUGAGUUCUAUCCCACGAGCAGUAGCAGUAGUGAUGAAGAGGAAGAAGUUGUCGAAGAUAAUGCAAAGGUUUGCGAGCAAACUGAUGUAAACAUGAAAUCUACAUUUGGCAAUAGAUUAAAGAAAUCAUUUAUUAAAGUUUGAUAUCACUACAAAGGGGACCCUCUACUAAAAUUGCAUUGGUAUGCUGGUCGCACAUUAAAAUACAAUAUGAUGUGCAAUGAAUAUGCGAUGAAUUCCUUCCUUCUGUCGACUCAUGAAUCCAAGCAAGAAUUUAUUUUAUAAAAGUGACAUAUCCAUUGGCACAACUCCAAAAUCCGCAGCACAUUUAAAAUCAUUGAGUAUUACGAUGGUACUCCGGACUAACAUUGACAAAGUUGGUCAUGCUGAAAUAAGUGGCGCUAUUCUUCACAAGGAAUUUGAGAAAAUCA